ACGAAUUAUUUUCCUUGGUUAACAAUAAUUGUACUUUUGCCGAUAUUCGCAGGUUCUUUAAUUUUCUUUCUACCUCAUAGAGGAAAUAAGGUAAUAAGGUGGUAUACUAUAUGCAUAUGCACUUUAGAGCUCCUUUUAACUACCUAUACAUUCUGUUAUCAUUUCCAAUUGAACGAUCCAUUAACCCAAUUAACAGAGGAUUAUAAAUGGAUUAAUUUUUUUGAUUUUUACUGGAGAUUGGGAAUAGAUGGACUUUCUAUAGGACCUAUUUUACUGACGGGAUUUAUCACCACUUUAGCUACUUUAGCGGCUCGGCCAGUUACUCGAGAUUCCCGAUUAUUCCAUUUCCUGAUGUUAGCAAUGUACAGCGGUCAAAUAGGAUCAUUUUCUUCUCGAGACCUUUUACUUUUUUUCAUCAUGUGGGAGUUAGAAUUAAUUCCCGUUUAUCUACUUCUAGCGAUGUGGGGGGGAAAGAAACGUCUGUAUUCCGCUACAAAAUUUAUUUUGUACACUGCGGGAGGUUCCAUUUUUCUAUUAAUAGGGGUUCUGGGUAUUGGUUUAUAUGGUUCCAACGAACCAACAUUAAAUUUGGAAACAUUAGCUAAUCAAUCGUAUCCGGUGGCACUGGAAAUAAUACUCUAUAUUGGAUUUCUUAUUGCUUUUUCUGUUAAAUUACCGAUUAUACCCUUACAUACAUGGUUACCAGACACCCAUGGAGAGGCACAUUAUAGUACUUGUAUGCUUCUAGCCGGAAUUUUAUUAAAAAUGGGAGCAUAUGGGUUGGUUCGAAUCAAUAUGGAAUUAUUACCUCAUGCUCAUUCUAUAUUUUCUCCCUGGUUGAUUAUAGUAGGCGCAAUCCAAAUAAUCUAUGCAGCUUUAACAUCUCCUGGUCAACGUAAUUUAAAAAAAAGAAUAGCCUAUUCCUCUGUAUCUCAUAUGGGUUUCAUAAUUAUUGGAAUUGGCUCGAUAACUGAUACGGGACUCAAUGGAGCCAUUUUACAAAUAAUCUCUCAUGGAUUUAUCGGCGCUGCUCUUUUUUUCUUGGCAGGAACGAGUUAUGAUCGAAUACGUCUUGUUUAUCUCGACGAAAUGGGUGGAAUGGCUAUCCACCUUCCAAAAAUAUUCACAAUGUUUAGUAUCUUAUCAAUGGCUUCCCUUGCAUUACCAGGUAUGAGUGGUUUUCUUGCAGAAUUGAUAGUAUUUUUUGGAAUAAUUACCAGCCACCAAUAUCUUUUAAUGCCAAAAAUACUAAUUACUUUUGUAAUGGCAAUUGGAAUGAUAUUAACUCCUAUUUAUUUAUUAUCUAUGUUACGCCAAAUGUUCUAUGGAUACAAGUUAUUUAAUGUUCCAAACUCUUAUUUUUUGGAUUUUGGGCCGCGAGAGUUAUUUGUUUCCAUCUCUAUUCUUCUACCAAUAAUAGCUAUUGGUAUUUAUCCAGAUUUCGUUCUUUCACUAUCUGUUGACAAAGUCGAAGCUAUUAUAUCUAAUUAUUUUUAUCAAUAG